UUUCCUUCCAGGUGGUCAUUUUCUUGUCUUUGAUGGCUGUGGCGUUCUGUGCCCCUCAGAUGCCCAAGAAGGAGGAACCCGUUGAGAUGCAAGUCUUCGAGCCCUACAACUUCAAAUACGCCGUCGACGACGACGAAAACACAGUCUAUGCUACCCGCCAGGAAGCCCAAGACUCACAGGGAGCCGUCCAGGGACAGGACUCGUGGGUAGCUCCUGACGGAAUCCGCUACACUGUCACUUACACUGCCGAUGCUAUCAAUGGAUUUCAGGCUGUCACCCGCACAGAACAGACAGGCAUCGAAGUCAAGAUCCCCCUCUACGUUUAUGCACCAGCAGAACCAGUCGAUGAUAAAACAGCUGCCUAAACAGGGAACCGGUCUGGAUGGAAUCUCAAGUCUCUAGCUAAAUCUCACUAGCUGAUUCAAGCCUGGAAAACGGUUAUCACUUUCCGUUCAUUACAUUCGUCUCAAAAUUUACUUUUCUGAAGCAUCUAAAUUUCAAGUCCUCCCUUGUGUACUUCGUGUUAUGUAUUUCAGUUUUACCCUCGUCUUUUGUG